CACAGCUGUUGUCGCGUGGCGUAGUGGAGAUCGCGCUCUGGGGUGAUAUUAUGUCAAGCCUCGUGCUGCUUGCUGCGCAUUGCCACUGACCGAGCUAGAGCGCCUUGCCUAGUUCGUUUCCUUGCUGCUAGCGAGCAGAAUGUUGUCGCUCUGUCACAACGUUGGUUUCCAUACGACAGUGCUACACUUCCCUUCCCUGACCCGAGAGGACACCGUUCCAUUACCAUGAGUUGUUUGGAUGUUAUGUACCCAGUCUAUGGACAUUACGCACCGUACGCGCCAGCCGCUCCCGCGUUCAUCAACAACUUCAAGGCACCAAUCUGUCUGAGGAGCACCUCUCCUCACUGCAGAGACUUCAUGAUGGAAAGCAGGGGGACGCAAAGGGGUCCCGAGGGGGUGUCGGCGGGCACCAGCAGGGUCUCUUCCUCCUCUUCCUCUUCCUCAUGUCCCUCCGCCACGCGACCGGAGGAAGGCCCUAAGGAGAAACAGGAAAUGCCCGAGGCUGAGUACCUGACGUCACGUUGCAUCCUCUUCACGUACUACCAAGGGGACAUCAGCAGUGUGGUGGACGAACACUUCUCCAGGGCUCUCAGCUCCUACAUGGAGGGAGAGGGCAAGAGGAGGGCAUCGGACCUGGGCACAGACACCCCUUCACCCAGCAGUCGUCGCAGCUUCCCCCCCUCCUUCUGGGAUAGCAACUACCCCUCCCCCCAGUGUCGCUCCCACUGCGAGCCCAGAGCACCCACCUAUUCCAUGGACCCCUACGCUUCCGGACUCCACCCGGGCCUUCCUCACCCCCACGCUCACACUCACCCCCACCCCCACACUCACCCCCACUCGCACCUGCACCCAUCAGAGGGGUGGGGCUACGCACAGAGCCAAGCCUACGGGCCCCCCAGGCCCCUCCAUGAACUCUACUCCCCCAGCGGCCUGGAGCCCCACCUCCCCUACGGCCCCCUGCUUAUGCCCACGGUGCGGCCCUCCCACCUGGGCACCCUCCCCGGACACCACCCCUACGAUGUCAGAAAGCUGGACUCCACUGCCCCCUGGCCGGGCCUGCUGCCCCCAGGAGAGAUGGCCAUCAACAUGGACGCAGGCCUCCAGCAUCACAAGAAAGGGAAGGAGCUGUACUGGUUUUAACGACCCUCCUCAUCCGUCGCCAUCGACCAGACAUUACCAGAUCCAAUUAGGACCUCUGGAACUGUACCAUUGAAGCGCCCCCUCCUCCCCCUCCUCCCC